AUGAUAUCAUCACCACAAUCAACAUAUUCUUCAUCUUCAACUUCUACAUCGAUACAUUCACCAAUAUCUACUAAUAUUAAUAUUCCGUUACCACCAAGUUCUACAAUUGAAACCUCUGAUGAACCUCCAAGGACGCUUUGGAUGGGUGAUUUAGAUCCCAAUUUUGAUGACUUGACUAUAAUGGAAAUUUGGCAUCAUCUAGGAAAAAGAGUAGUUGUUAAAUUAAUUAAAGCGAAGAAAAAUUUACUCAUACCAUGCAGUAGCAAUAACAACAAUAGUAGUAAUAAUGGUUCUAAUCUAUCUGAUUCUGUAUUUGAUACUUUUGAUUCGGCAAACAUUGAAAAAAUUAACAUUAAUGGUAUAUCCUUUAUUGAUCCAUCUGUCACACCUUUACAUCAUGCUGGGUAUUGCUUCGUAGAAUUCGAAUCACAAAAUGAUGCAAUAUAUGCAUUAUCUUUAAAUUCCAAACCUAUUCCAAACUUUAAAUCUCUCUCAACAAACCUAUGGACUAACCCAACAAAUAAAAGAACUUUUAGAUUAAAUUGGGCUUCUGGUGCAACUUUGAACAGCUCGAUUCCAUUAAAACCAGAAUUUUCUUUAUUUGUAGGUGAUUUAUCCCCAACGGUCACUGAAGCCGAUUUGUUGACUUUAUUUCAAAAAAAAUUCAAAUCUGUUAAAACUGUAAGAGUCAUGACAGAUCCAAUGACUGGAGCAUCCCGUUGUUUCGGAUUUAUCAGAUUUGGUGAUGAAUUGGAAAGAUCUAAAGCUGUCAUUGAAAUGAACGGGACUUGGUUUCAAGGUAGAGCCCUAAGGGUGGCAUUUGCUACUCCAAGAAAUUCAGGUGUGACACCAUUGUCAUCUGGUCCCUUCUGUAUGGGUCAGCAAACUGGCCACCUUUUUAAUUCUGCAAUUAAUAAUAACAAUGCAACUUCAUCGAUCGUUAAUAGUAACUCGUUUCCAAAUAAAAAUAUAAUACCCAAGAAUAAUCCACUUGUAUCAUCAUAUAGUAACAACAACAACAACAACAACAACACAAACUUCAUGUCCGCUAAUGGUACUGCAAAUUAUUCAAUACCCUCCCCAUCAAGUGACAUCCAAGAUUUCCAAUAUAUUACAAAUGAUCCCACCAACACUACCAUCUUUGUAGGUGGAUUAAACUCAAGUAAUAUCAGCGAAUAUAAAUUAAUCUCAUUGUUUCAACCUUUUGGUAAUGUUGUAUCUGUUAAGAUUCCCUUAAAUAAAAAUUGUGCAUUUGUUAAAUUUCAAAAUAGAAUUGACUCUGAAGCUGCAAUGCAAGGAAUGCAAGGUUUUGUUAUCGAUGGGUCUCCAAUAAGACUAUCAUGGGGUAAAACAAACACAAAUACACAUAUUCCACAAGUAACAACAGUAACAGCAACAAAUAAUAGUGCUACGACGAUACCAAUCAGUAUGACCCAUAGCAAUAGAUUUAUCUCAAAUUGUACUAAUAUUCAACAACAAUCUGAUUUGUUACCUACUUUCAACGGAUCAAUGUGGAGUGAUUCAGUUAAUAAUAUAAACUAUGCAAAUUCAAACCAAUUAUUCCAAGGAAUCUCAGGCUAUUCAAAUGAGUUGUUUAACACUGAUAAUAGCAAAAAUUAUAAUUAUCAAAAUCAUCCUAAUACAAAUGUGAAUACAAACACGAAUGCGAACCAAUGCUAUGGACUAUCUUCUUCAAAUCAACAAACAGAUAUGUUAUAUGGUACACAUUCUACGUUAACCAAUACUAUGGCACCAAAGAUAAACUCAUUAUAUUAUGAAAAUAAAUCGUCAUUGUUAAAUAAACAAUUUCAACCAAAUUUUUCAAGUGAAAUCAAUUACCAUUCAUACUUAAAUCAAGCAAAUCAAAACCUACAAUAUUACAAUACUAUAUUCCAUUAA